UGGAAAUGAAUAACAAUACAGUAUUCUGCAUUGUAAAUUUAAAUAAACCGCGAAAAUAGAUUAGUUCUGCCAUGUACCAUCAACAACACUGGCAUCGAUAAACCGCCAUGCUGUUUCCAUUGAAUAACAACUAAGUUUGCAUACAUACGUCAUCCUUCAAUUUAAGCAAAAUGUCAUAAAAACAGUUAUUAAAAAAUGUGUCAUAUUGAGCAAAAAACGUAAAAUGUCUGUUAUAGUUUCCAGAAUGUGAAUUAUGUUUGUGUUGAUGUAUAACAGUUUAAUGUUAUUUAUAAUUUGAUUAUUUGUAUUAAUAGGUUAAUUCAGUAAUCACAAACUUCCAUCACAAUUAAUAAAAAAAUUAUUGUUAUUUAAGAGAAAGAAUAUUACAAGAGGAACGAUGUGGAUGCCCACCCAUGUACAAGUAACUGUUCAAAGAGCAGAAAAAAUUCUCUUGAAAGGCAAAAACAACACUAAUGAUUGCUUUGUGACUAUUGCUCUGGGUAAAACGAAAUAUCAGACAUCAGUUAAGGAAAAAUCUGGACAACAAGUUGAAUGGCAUGAGGAAUGUGAACUGCCAAUACCAGAUCAGGGUAAUACAGCAGAAAUUAUUUUAACAGUGCUGCAUCAUAACUACCUAGGUAUAGAUGAAUUUUUAGGCAGAGUUAAUAUUCCAUUGAAUACUUUGGAUAUUUAUGAGAGACCUAAGAACAAAUGGUUUGAGUUACAAAGUAAACCAGGUAAGAAUUCAAAAAAAGAAAGAGGACAACUGGAAGUAAAAAUAGGAUUCACUGUAAAAUCGGGUAGUUUAACUAAUUUAAGUAAAAAGGAAAAACAUAAAUCUUCUUUAUCUCAUGUUGCUCAAUCUGUUGGAGGAAGUUUGAUGAGCUUAGGGAGUGCAGAAAAGAGGAAAGGUAUCAAAAAAUUUGCCAAAUCCAUAGGAUCAAAAAUGAAUUUGAAAGGAAAAAAGAAAGAUUAUAGUGAUGGCUCUUCUAUUGGAAGUGUUGGGAGUUUGACUAUACAAAGUGAGAAUGAGAAAUUUCAUAGUAAACAGUCUUUUGAUGAUGCCGAUCCUGGUGUGGUUAGUGAUGAGGAUGACUUCAUGCUUGAUGAUCUGUCCCACAAGAGCUCAGCAAGUUCAUUAAACCAUCCAAUUUCAAUUAAAACAGCCUCGCCCAUAUUGAAGAACUCUUCUAUUGAAAAUAUCAGUCACACUGAAAAAAAGAGUGCAUCAGCCUCUAUACCACCAAUAAAACCACCAAGAAUUGAUCAGAAACCGCCUCAAGAUGAGUGGGAAUCUAAACUAAUUGGAAAUAAACCUAGAGUAACAAUGAGACCUGGUAGCAGCGAAUCUUUAAACAGACGAUCAUGGGAUUCUUCAAAACUAGCAUCACAAAUAGAAGAAGAGCCUUCAGAGUUACUAGAAGUACCUCAUUAUAAACUUGAAACUAUUAGUUUGAGGUCUAAUAAGUCUCCAGAAGCGCUUAGAAAAGAUGUCAAAGAGGGAAUGUUUUCAAAAUUUAAAAACUUUAGAAAAGAUAAACAUGAACUUUUAUCUGACCAUGAAACACCCAUCAAUAACUCAAGUGAACGAAUUAUUAUAGGAGGAGAAACUGAAAUUAAAGUACCUGCACAAAAUUAUCGUAUUUCCAAUGAAUUAUUGCAGAAAUAUGAAGGAAAAUCUAGAAAGGAUUUGAUAUUAUCUUUAGUAGAGACUAAAAAUGACUUGGAAAAGCAAAAGAAGAAGUUGAAGGAUUUAGAAGAUUAUUUAGAUGACUUAUUACUGCGUGUGAUGGAAACAACUCCCUGUAUUCUACAAAAUCCUUAUGUUACAUGCAAGAUGGCAGCUAAACAUACAAAAAUGACGAGCUGAAUACUCUUGCUUACAAUUUCACAACUGUGCCAGUAAGAAGUUCAUCAAUAAAGAAGAAUGGUAAAAUGAUAUGACUUUGAAUGUUAAUCUAUUACAUCACUUCCUAGAAAGUAACUUCCAUUAUUUUCACAUCACUAACUCAAGAUAACGUUUUAAAGGUCGUUUUAGUUGUAACAUAUUCUUGAAGUGAAUGGGUUACCCCUUUUGCCAAAAAUGUGUGAUAUAAAUUAAUUCCACCAUUUUAGAUGAAAAAUUUUCGGUUUAAAAUAAAUGUCCAACUAAAAAAUAACAAAAAUUCACCUAUACUUAAUCACAAGUUUUAUCAAAUAUAUUAAAAAUAUCGCACCUUCAGUGCAACAAAGUCACAACAGCUCAUUUUGUAAUUUUAAGGAGUGGACUUAUAAGUUUUUUUUGCAUUUAUUGCCUUAUUACUGGAUAACUAUUUCUAGUAGGAUUUAAAUAUUUAUACAAUUAAUUGUUUGUUAUAUUAGAUAUAGUGAUAUAGUUUUACGCAAAAGGCUUAUUUUGAAUUACUAAAAAAUGUUAAUAAAAGAUAUGACAUAAAAAGUGUCCUGGAUUGUGACUUUGUUGCGCCAGGAGUUAUUUAACAUAUUCAUUAUUAUUCAAGAUAAGGUUUUAAAUAAAAUAAAAACUUUAUUAAUCAAAAUAUAUUGUAUAUUUUCUUCUCAAAUAAUCAACUACUAACAAAAAGUAACUCAAAACAAUUGAAUAAUUAUUUAAAAAAUAAUUUGGCAUCAUUUGGGACUGUUCAUAAAUUACGUAACGCAGAAAUUUAAUGGUCUGUGUGUCUGUCUGUAACGCUACUGAAGCAAUCCUACUCUACCCUGUCUGUCUGUCUAGGAUAACGUAACAUCUCGAAAAAGAAAACGAGUUAUGUAGACCAUAAAAAAGCUAUUUAAAAACGAUGCUUUGCUUAUACAUGUUUAUUUAACUUAAAUAUUACAAGCUAAAUUAUCUAAUGUCAUAUUAUAUGGCUGUUAAGAUUAUAUUUGUUCUUAUACAUUUUUUGUCCUAUUAAAAAUAAUUAAAUUUUAGAAUUUGGAUUAUUAACUAUGUCUUUGGUGUAUCUUAAGUUAUACUCAUUUUAGAUUAAUCAGUACAAUUAUAAAAAUCAUUUCGUAUCCUCGGUAAAAGGAUUUUCCAACCAAUCUUCAAGAUUAUGAAUUUCUGGAACAGAAUUUUUCUGAAGUUCACAGUAAUUGAUUAUAUUCAGAUUUUCUAUAUCAACGUUCUCUUCGUAACUUGAAAUGACUUGCUUCUUUCUGAUAACGACACAGAUGAACCAUGUAUGCUUUGUUUAUGAAUUUUGAAAUAUUUUUGUAGCGAAAUACAAGCCACACGAGCUGCAAGUUCUUCCCAACAAGUCUUUUUGCACGCUUGGGCAAAAAUAGUCAUAAGGCAUGCUAGUGAAUCACGAAUGUUCUGGUAUUAUUGUCAAUACGGCUUUGCAAUAGUAAGUCUGCAAAUUAAAUCUUUGUAUCUAUAUCAGACUGAGGAACUUCGACUUUUGUCGAAGUUUGUUUUAGUGGGUAUGGCAAGGGCAAAAACCCAUCUGCCAAAAAUUGUUUCAGUCCACUUCUAGCGGGUUUACAGCAAUUUUCCUUAGAACAUUUUCAGAUCUAAAAUGAUUAUGAAGUGAUUUUCUGCACUUGAAUUCAUAUUACAAUUUUGUAAACUUGUAGUAUUUGAACGUUUACGAAUUUUCAAAAUCAUUUAUCAUGCAUUAAUUGAUAUUUAUGAAAAAAGAGUAAAAUAAAAAUUUUUGGAACUAUAAAUUUUUAAUCUCUGUAAAAUUUAUAAUUAUUUUUUUUUAUUUACCUGAAGAAAAUACUGACUUUCUCUCACAUGGUUUGAAUACCAUACUUGCGAUGGUAAAUUAGGAAUUAGACAUAUUCUGCCAUCAUUUCAUAACCAUCAACCACGCAUUUACUUAAAAUGUCCCCACAAACUUUUGCAACAAAAGACAAAAAGUCAUUGUCGAUGGUUUUUUCACUAGCAUCUAAAUGACUUCCAAAGUGGUCAUGUUCGAGUACAACGCCUGCCAGUUCUCUGCUAAGGGGUGCCAUUUUUCUUUCUACUGGAUUGAAAGUACUUCUUUCCGGUGCAUUGGUAAAAAUAAAUAUUGCAUCCAAAUCGUACUUAUAGAAGAGAUCUAUGGCAUGCUGAAUAACUUUGGGGUAGCGCGGGUUUUCAUCUGGGCCGCCAUCAACAGACAAAAAUACAACUGGUUUCACAAAACCAUUUUCAGCUAUUCAUUCAUCAUAUUUUGCUUGAAAGACUCAAUGCUUGAAACUUUAUCCAAAACAUUUUCGACAUUCAAAGACGUACUCGAAAAAAAUUGUACUGGUUCAUUGUAGGUUUUAUUUGAAGCAUUCUUUGUUGACGUGUUCGACGUUUGAAGACGUUUUUGGAAUGUCUAAAUUUAAAUCUAAUUAAUUAAUAUCAAAAUUGUGUUUGAAUAAUUUAAUAGGAUAAUGACAUAAUACAGUUGUUGAUAUUAAUUUUGUAUUUUCUAUAGUUGAUAAAUAUAUACAAAAUAUUUUCUUAGAUUAGAUUUGUGAUUAUUUAUAACAGUACGAAAAUAACACAAACUAUUUGCAAUUUAUUUUACGCGUAUAACCCGUAUAUCUUGCACGACGUUUUUAGUUUUCGUACAGUUAGGCUGCCAGACUUGUGAUGAAUAGAAAAAAGUUCACAUAUAUCGAAAUGGCAACUAUGAAGAUCACCAGUAAACCGUAAUCUUUUAAACUGGAUUACCAACUGCACUAAAAUUUGCAUAAAGUUCGUUGUUGCGAUAAACUUGAAAUAAGAACGGAAAAAUUUGUCCUGUGGCCUUUAAUUCGCAGAUUCCACUAUAUGUUGAAGCUCGCGACAUAUCCUGACCGUACUCAGUGUAACUUAAAUGAUUAUUACCAUUACCAUAUUACCACUAUUAUUAGUCAAAUGAUAAUACUUAUCCCAAUUCUCAGCAACGUGCCUGACGAUAGUUUCGCGAACCUCUCUACAAAACACAUCUGUGUCGUAACUGCAAAAGAAAGACAUGCACCAUCGCCAAUAAUUGAAAUCACCUUAUCUGGUAUGUUAACCCCAUUAACGUUGAGAUUAUCGACAUUUUAUAAAAGUAGUUCCUUCAAAUUGAACUAAAAAUAAUUCCCACUAAAAUUAACACUUACAGUAAACCCAACUCUCGAAUCCGUCUGACCUAUACACAACAUUAAAUUUGACACUUCCACAAAUUCACACAUGUAACAGGUAAAGAUCGUCACAGAAUUAUCGGUAAAUAUCACACUUAUUGAUGUUAGACUUUAUUGACCCACAAUAAACAAUAGUAAAAGUGAAUUAAUACGUAAAACGCUGGAAAUCCAAUUUCAUAUUUAACCCUUUUUAAAAAAUCAAAAAGAAAUUUCCAAAAACGGAGAAAUUAGUUUUUAGAUAUUCACACGGGACCCAUUUCUAAAAAAGAAUCACUGAUAUCUUAUUUCGUCAUGAAGAAUUGCUAAAUAUAUGGUUCCUUAAUACAAAUUUUUGUUCAACUCUUUGAACCCUUUCCAAAUCGAAUUUUGAAAUUCGUAGAAAUUGCUUUUUAGUUAUUUGUAUGGAGAAUGUUUUAAUGCAAAAACGAAGUCGAUAUCUCAAUUAGCGGCCGAGAAAAACGAAAAAAUCGAAUUUGCAAACAUCCCGUUUUACCCCUUUAAAAUCGAAAUUCAAUCUUUUCCUAGCGCACCUCUACACACCAAUACAAACAUACCAUCAAAAUUUCAUGUCUCUAUCUUUAAUAGCCUUGGCUGGGCGUUGAUGAGUGAAUGAAUCAGUCAGUCAGGACAUCCUCUUUUAUAGAUAUAGAUACUAUAAAUAAUUACCGUAGUAUAUAUUAGUUACACUCCUUCAAAAAAGCCUUUGCAUAUUUUAUUUUUUCCUCUCUAUCCACUAUCUUGCCAACUCUAUCUUUCCAAGCAGCCAAAAAUUUAGCGUCUACAUUGGCUUUUGGUUGAUGCUGAUAACACAGUUACUUUUGUUUUUCACUAUUGAACAAAUCAAUUAUGUCUGACCUCAUUUUAUCCGAAAACUCUUUUUCUUAAUCAAACACGGAAUGACUGAACUUUCAAGACUGAAAACUUCACAUUUUUGAGGACAAAUGCUAGCUGGAUUCACUAUAUUUCUACAAACAUCACCGCUUUCGGUUUAUAUCGGCGUUAUGAAACAAAAAACUAGCGACAGUGGCGAUGGCGGUUAAACUAGACUAUGCACUAGUUCAAGCAACUAUAAGGACUUCACGUUUGCGAGGACAAGCGCCUACUGGAUUUGCUAUAUUCUCAGAAACAUCACCGUGGUCGUAUUUUGUCAAUGUUUAGAAAUAAAAGCCUCGAGGUGACGAUGACCAGUGGCAGCGGCAACGCACUAGCACUCGAUAGCAAACAAACGUAUGGGUAGAGUCGAUGUGAAAAAUAUUUUUAAUGAUCUUCAAAUCAAAUUUAAAAAAUGUUACGUUACAUUUUAAGAAAAUUCCCUCUGUCUAUCUGUAACACUACCGUAACAAGUUGUUCUUAGUCUGUCUGUCAAGGCGUUACGUAAUUUAUAGAUAGUCCCUUUUCACACUUUGGAGUUGUAAUUAAGUUCUAGGGCAAACUUAUUCAAUACUCAGUCUAAUAAAUGUAUGAGCAGUCUUAUAAAUGAUUUCAUAAUAAUGUUCAAACUUAACAAUAACAUUCUAAGAAAAACCAAUCUAUAAAAAUAAAUUGAAAAUAUUUUUCUCAAAAAGUUGACAUUUGUUAACUUUUUGUUGAAAACGUUUCCAAUUUAUUGUCAUGUUUAUCAGUUAGUAAGCUGUACUUAACAUUUAUAGCAGACAGCAAACGAUACGAUAUUAACAAACAAUAAGUAGUAAAAAAUAUAACAAUGUUUUCAAUACCCUAUGAUUGAUGUAAGAUUUGUACUCAAAAAGAUACCAAAUAUCUAUUAAAAAAGAUGAACUUUUACCAAAUUUUAUAGUUUAUCUUAGGAUUAAUUCAAAUCAAACUUUUUACUUUAAUUAAAUUCAAGAUUUUGUAAAUAAUUAAUCAAAUAAACUGUUAAACAUGUUUUCAUAAUAGUUUGGAACAAUAUUAGCAGAAAUUAAUUCACGAAUAUCUUGCUUUUUAUUGUUUGCAAUUGGCAACUUAGAGCUAUAAGCUGCACUCUAAUUAAUAUGUUACAUUUUUUUUGCCUGCACGACUAAUUUUAAUGUUAGCUUCGUUCUAUUGUUCAGUUUUAUAUGUGGUUUUGUACAAAUAGGUAUCAGACUUUUUAAUGAAUUUCACGACUUUAAUAUCAGAAAUUCUGAUUGUUUCGCCAUCAAUAUUUUUGCCAGUGUUCAAGUUAACAUCGUUAGAAAGUAACUUUAAAUCGUAGAAACUAUCAAAGUUCAUUUCAUUAACAGUGAAACUAUUACCAAUCUUUUUGGCAUUACGGAUUAGAGCCACAUAUUGAUCUGGGGUGUAAAUGGUUCCAGAUUUUUUUGCUCAGCGAAUAUUUUUCUCUAUUACCGAGUGGACGCUAUCCUCAUGCCAAAAAAAAAACAGAAUGUUUUCUCAUCCUUAAUAUUCGAGAUUGUGAAGUUAUAACAGUUUAAUUUACUUUUAUAAAAAAAUGCCGACGAUUGACCUAUAAGACAAGGCAACACUGCUUAAAGACCGUAUAUAGCCACAAUGUUGCUGCUAUCAGGCUUUUUGCACUCUUCUACAUCUUGUUUCUUUUCUAUUCUACUUAGACUCUUUUCUUCCUGAUGUAGAUUAUAGCUGGACGUUAACGGUUCUUUAUCUACAGCAUUCUUAUAGGCCUCGCAUACGUCGUAUUGGUCUUUACGAGGAAUAAAAAAGUUGAUAUUAAACUGUGUAUUGAAAAUUCGAUGGUAUGCGUUGUAAUUUGAUGGUUCCUUGUUGCCAGAUAUACGUUUUUGACGAUAAUUACAGUGUAGUUCGGCUACAGUCAAACCACCAUCUAUGUAUUCUCUUGAUGAAUUGGCCCUGAUGUAAUGGCUUUCCAUCCUAUAGAUCGAAUUUAUGUGGUCUCGUACAGAUUGUAUUAUUUCAGCAUCUAGCUUUGACUGUUUUCCAUGCUUACCGUGUUUAUCUGUUGGAAUUAAACUUAUGCUUGUAAAUUUAUUUUCAAGUACAAUACGUAGUGGUUUAUUACUUAUGGCCAAUGUAUUCAAAAGGAACGUCUUACAAACCCUUAUUUCACUACUUUUAUUUAUGAGAAAGUAGGAUGUGUUUGGUUUUCUACAUUUUCUAUUCACGUCUCCACCUUUUUGAAUCUUGAUGGUACGGAAUUCAGGUUGAACUUGCUUUACACAAGAAGCACACACGCUGCCUUUGAAAAGAACGAAGGCCUCAGUAUGUCUUAAAUAUUAUAUUCCUAUCAACUGAGGAAAAUUUAUUUGCACAAGACAAUCUGCAGGUACUCGUACAAGGACGAAUAGUUUUUUCCGACAUGGAUUUACCUCAAGUUGAGGUAUAUGCUUGACCACUGUUUUUUAAAUGCUUUCUCUGGUGUUUUUUCCAUUGAUUUGGGUUUUUGGUCCUUUUUUUAGACUUACAGUACUCGUUCAGUACUUGCUUGAAUAGUUUCAGAAGCUGCAUUAUGAUGUACAAUUGACACAUUAGAAACACGUUUCAAGCGAGAUGUAGAUCUGGAGUACUGAAAACGAUUUCCAGAGCUAGAUGAAUACUACUUGAGCUGGACGAUCCGCUACUUGAGUUGGAUGAGUCACUGCUAGAGCUGGAUGUACUACGGACUGACAGAAAAACUACUUUCUUUUGUCGAUUUUUUUGCGGUGGUUCAUAUUCAGAUCCAUCACUCGCGGAAAAAUCUUCGUUACUAUUUGGUUUCACUUCAUUGGCAUUCGAGAUGGUGUCUUGCCCUUGUAAUAAAACUGUGUCCACGCCAUUAUAACAUAUUGUGCUCUCUUCACUAACUGAAAGAUCUUUUUUUACCAUCUGAAGUACGAGAGGAUUCUACAUUGUAUUCAUGAUCAUUGUCUUUGAUCUUCAGGAUGAAAGUCUGAUAACCAUGUUUCAACUGACACUUUGUUUUCCAAUAAAUUAUUUUCUUCAAUGGGAACCAUGGAAAUAAUUUUUUUACUUCGGGAGCCCAUUCCUCUCUAAAAUAAAAUUGAUUUUUAAAGAUAUUUGUAAAUCAAAUUAAUGUUUUUUCAAUACUGCAAAGGCACGCACGCGACCGAAGUGAGAAACAACAGUAGGUAUGCCAUUACUCUUUUGACAUCCAGAAAAUUAUAAAAGGUUAAUUAAUUAAAUUAGCUGGACACCCUAUGAAUAAUUAUGCAUUAUAACAAAUGACAAAUUAAAUUUCUCAGGCUUUGUUGAGUCAAAGUGGCUGAAGUCAUGUAUCACGAUACUAAUACUCAUACUGAUCAUCGUUAUCAUCAUAAAAGUAGCAUUUGAAGUACUCAUUAAAAUUUACUUCGACCGAAGUCACUUUUUUAGUGUUAUUGCAGCUCAAAACAAUGUAGUUUAUACUACUUUUGGGUCGACUUUGUCCAAAAAUUAAAUAUUGAAUAAAGGAUUAUGGAGUAACAGUCUCAAUUUUAUUUUUAAACUCAACAGUCAGUACUUAUGAUACAAAAAAUGGAAUUAAAUAGUCACAAGUUUUGUUUAUUAUUACGUAAUAAAUAAUAAUAUUGGACCUAUAUAACAUUAUUGUUGUUUACGGCUUUAUAGUCCCAAUAUCAUAGUUGAAAAAAUAAUAUAAAUGGACCUAAAAAAUCACUUUUUAGUUAGUGACUUUGUAGUUCUAAUUAGGGUAGUUAAAUACAAUAAUGUUGGAUCAACAGAAACGCUUUUAUAACCAAUGCCUUUGUAGCUCCAACAUUUUUGUGAAUUAUAAAAAAGAAUUGAGGUCUUGAAAAUAAAUAUGUUUUUGUCGCUCCAAAAAGUGAAAAUAAAAAUGUUCAUAAAUACCUUUGUGUGGCUGUAGCUCCAAUUCCCGUCAAACACUAAUGGGCACAGAGGCGCUACUGUCGAAUCAAACUUUGUUGGCCCAGAAUGCAUAGAAAAAGCGCCCAUAACUACAAGGCACCUGUGCCAUCUAGUAGAAUUUUGAGAUACUUUCGCGGAUGUCUUUGAUACCCCAAAUAUAAGCAUGGUUCAGAGAUAGUCUGGCAUACUUAACUCAAUUUUGCAGUUUAAAAUAUUUGUGCCUUUGUUGCACCGAAGAUCACAAUCAUUAUGACUUCUGUUGAUAAUAACCUGAACAACGUACUUCAAAACAAAAUUGUUAAUUAUUAACAGAUAAAAUAGUAACUGGACUGAAUGAAAAUUAUUGUUUGUAGAAGUAAUAGGUCUUUUUACAAGAAAUUUUUAAUGAGAUUGAUACCCCUUCACUUUAAUUUUAUUUAGUAUACUAGAGAUAUAUCACUUUAUCAUAAUAAAACUGUCGUCAUUAUGGAAAAGAUUUAGGUUUCAGAGACAGCCUGAGUACUAAUAAUUAAUUUAUCGUAUGUAAAUAAUGUACACUGUGCACUCAAUAGGAGAAACAUUUUUAGUUAUAGUGAAAAAUUUCAUUAUUUAUAAAUAGUUCUGCUUAUUCUAAAAUCUCUUAAAAUUAUAAUAAAUAAUAAUACAACAAAAAACACUCAUUUCUAUUUGUUCUAUGAACAUUCUAUUUUAGGUAGGUCUUUAGUGAACAAAAAAUAUAAUUACAAUUCAUACCACACUAUCUAUCAUACAAGAAGAUAUUUAUCUACCAUUCAACUGAAAAUGUUUUGUCUCUAACGAAUACUCAUCUAGUUCAGGUAAUAACAUUUGUACAACAAAUAGAACUUCCUGUCUUGUUAUCCUCUAUAAACCAUUGUAACAAUUUUUUUCUAAAAAGAAUGUGUUCAAUUCUCAAGUUUUUAUUAUUGAAAUUAUCACUUGUUACAUACAAUUCACUACACUAAUAUCUGAAUAGAUUUCCUGUGGGAUACCAAAUAAAUUGAAGAACUCUUUAACGAGCUACUCAGCCACUUUAGUAGCUUCCAAUUUUAUUUCUAUUUUUUGCCACAAGGAUAUAUUGUUAUUAUUAUUGUGAAAGGAACCUCAAAUCUAACGACUCUCCAUCGAACAGACAUGUUGUAUUGGCCUAUGAACUCCUCAUACUGUUAACAAUUCAUUUCCUGUCACUUAUAGUUUAGACAAGACAUCGGUUUUAUAGUUCGUCCUGGUUUUCUGUUCAGUUCUUUAAAAUCCUGUACUUCAGGUAACAUUCUACACUUUUUACAUUUUGGGGCGACCAAUUACAAAAUCAUUCAUAUCUUAGUGUUUCAAACAGUUGAAUUCCACCACAUUUUAUGGUUUGUCACAAUUUUUUUAUAAAGAAAACUAUUGUUUGCUGAAACUAAAAUUGUUUCGAUCUGAGCACACAUUCCUGAACACUUUUCACAAAAACAAUAACAAUUAUCAAACAAACUAACCUUCACUUUCUUAGAUAGAUUAAUUUUUAGUAUUUUAUCACUCAAUAGAUUUAUUAAAUAUUAUUAAUUAUUUACAUGUAAAGAGCACCUUAUAAAGUGUAAUAUAUUGACGGUGAUGGUCUUGAGUGGCAAUAAUGUAAGUUCAUAAAUUUCAUUAUAGAUUAUAUUUUUUUAACAUAUGUGUGUGUUUAUACCAUGUCUAGAAAAUAUAAAAGCAACCAAAAUAAUUCAUGCCAUUGAUAUUUAUUAUUAUGUCAUCACAUUAAAUUUCUUUUGGUUAAAUAUAAAAAUGGUUGUAAAGUUGUUGGUCCUUCCUAAUAUUAAAGUUUUCAUAUUGGAAUUUGUUUGUUUUUUUAUAAUUUGUAUACUGAAAUAUACAAUUUAAUUUUAAAGUUGCUGUUUUAAUUUUCCUUCACCUAGGUAAUUCUUGUUUUUCAAUUUUUAUUUUUACAAUCAAAGGACAUUUACUUGACUAUGAUUCAUUUUUUUCUAGUUAAAGAGCGCAUAAAAAUUGAUGUGAAGACACAAGAAUAAUAAUAAUGUCAAAAAGAUCACAAGGACACAAAAAAAUUUCACAAAAAAUGUCAAUGAAAAUAUAAAAAUUCAACAAUGGCCUGAGUAGAACUCGCAUUACAAUCCAAAAAAACUAAAUUUUACAAAGCAAAACUCAAAAAUUUAUAAAAUUAAAUUCCAAAUUUGAUGUAUUGAUAUUCAAUGAGGAAAUCACUAAUGAUUAUGAAAUUAUUUUGAUCAUUUUUCCAUAAAGUUAUAAAAACUAAACACAAAUAAUAUAAUUAUAUUUUAAUAACACAAUUUCAAUAGACUGCAUUAUCUAUGAUUUACUGUGAAUAAAGAUGGAAUUUGGACAAUAUUAAUAUUUGAAUUUUAAUAACAUUAGGAUAAUUAUUAGCGAUAUCAGAGUCAUAUAAAACUCAACUGUAAUGUUUGGAGUUGAAGGUGAAAUUUUUUAUUCCAUUAUUUGAGUCUGUUAGUGGCCAGUUUGGUAUAUGUUUUAGUCUGAUAUUACCUCACAUAAAAAAUCCAAUUGCUUAUGAUCUGCAGUCUAGCUGCCUGUCUAGUAUUGUUUGGAUAAAUGAAUUUAUUUUCAAUUAAGUAUUACAACAGGUAUUAUUCUGGUUUUUAGUCAUUGUAUUCUAUAUAAUAACAAUAUCUAAAAUAUAUUUAAAAAUAGCAAAAUAUUUUUACAUUAUAUUCAUAAUAAUCCCAAAUUAAUUAUUUAACUAAAUAUUGAGACUAACAGUAGUUUGCUUAUUCAGAACAUCUUUAUAUUUGUAUAAAACUGGUUGAACUUCAUCAUUAAUAAACUCAGUAACUUGCUCUGGCGAUCUUCCAAUGUAACUAGAAGGAUCAAGAAGUGAUUGUAGUUCAUCUAUUAUUGGGCUAAAAUAUGGAUCAGCCCGCACUCUAUCUAGAAAAUCAUUGUCUUUACCAUGUUGUUUAACUUGAGCUCCUGCUUCUUGAGACAGUACUCUAAUUUUCUCAUGGCAUAUUUGUCUAUCACCUCCCUUUUUGACCAUAGCCAUUAUUAAAUUUUCAGCAGACAUAAAUGGAAGUUCCUGAUUGAUUCUUUUUUCUAUUACCUUAGGAUAUACCAUAAGGCCUUGAGUUAUAUUUGUUAACACUAUUAAUGCUGCAUCUGCACUUAGAAAUGCUUCAGAUAGAGUCAACCUUUUAUUAGCUGAAUCAUCUAGAGUCCGUUCUAACCACUGAACAGAAUGAGUAUUUACAGCAUUAGAAAAUAGUGAUAUCAUAUGUCUUGCUAAUGCACAGCAACGCUCUGACCUCAUAGGAUUUCUUUUGUAUGGCAUAGCAGAGCUCCCAAUCUGACUAGUCUCAAAAGGUUCUUCAAUUUCCUUGAAGUUAGCUAACAAUCUAAGAUCAUUACACAUCUUAUGAAUUGAAGAACCCAAGGAAGAUAAUGCACCUACUACUUCUAAAUCAACUUUUCGAGUGUAAGUUUGUCCUGUAACUGGAUAUACUUUUUGAAAUCCUGAUAAUUCUGCUACUCUCUGAUCCAGCAUUCUCACCUUAUUGCUAUCAUUUAGAAGUUGCAUAAAAGAUGCUUGGGUACCAGUAGUUCCUUUGACUCCUCUGAAUCGUAAAUCAUCUCGAAUCCUUGCAAUAGCUCUUUCAUCCAUAAGAAAAUCAUAUAACCAAAGCGUUGCUCGCUUACCAACUGUAGUUAAUUGAGCAGGCUGAAGAUGUGUAUAACCUAGACAAGGUAAAUUUUUAUAUUUUUCACAAAACUUCAUUAAAUUGUGGAUAACAAAUACAAUCCUCGGAAGUAAUAAGUCCAGGCCAUCCCUAAGAACUAUUAAAUCUGUGUUAUCACCAACAAAACAAGAGGUGGCUCCAAGAUGAAUUAUUGGGGCAGCUAGUGGACAUUGUUUGGCAAAUAUAUGAACAUGGGCCAUUACAUCAUGGCGAGUUAACUUCUCUUCAGCUGCAGCUGCAUUAAAAUCAAUAUUAAAUAUGUUUUUCUCCAUUUCCUUUAUUUGGGCAUCUGUAAUAUUCAAUCCCAAUUGAGCUUCAGCUUUUGCCAGAUUAACCCAUAGUUUUCGCCAAGUAGAAAACUUUUUUUGGUCACUAAAAUUGUACUGCAUUUCUUUGCUUGCAUAGCGAGUACUCAAAGGUGAUCUAUAGUUAACAUAGGGGCUGCUAUAAUCAAUCGGGUCACCAGAUAAAUCCAUUAUUGUACA